AUGUCACGCACCCCAUUGAUUCGAUCGUCGCCUGCCCUGGGCUCAACCUCGUACGGUGCUGUACGUAUCCCACAUGGCCCCGACGACGAGGCCCAUCUGCCAGCACAACGGAAGAAUAUCCGUAGGGGAGUGAACGAAGAAGGAUCCUACCAAACCACUUUCGAGAAUGGUGCUGAGGGCCCGUCGAGGUCUAAUCCCAAAUCAAAACGCUCGCACUCAUCAAGUCGAAGAAGUAGUGGCUGGUACAGAGAAACCCAUAACCGGCGACCCUCAUCUGCGACCUCUGAUGUAGGUAUGGGUGCCGAUUCAAAAUUCUCAUUUGCGACGGGGUUGGCAGUACCUGGAAAUCCGGUAAUUCAAGAAACUCCAGUCUCGUCCCCCUACAUGACCAGUGAUGAGGAAGAUGCCCUGGAUGUCGAGGACGAGGACUCAAAGUCUCCCGAGGAGGAUCCCCCGGAUAAUUCACCCUAUGCUCAAGUUCGAGCAACCGUCCCAGCAACAGAUGAUAUCACUUUGUCCAUCAACACCCCUCGGAUGUGGAUUCUCUCCUUGAUAUUCUCACUGACGGGCUCCGCUGCGAAUCUUUUCUUCUCACUUCGCUACCCGAGCGUGGCCAUCACCCCGAUUAUUGCUCUAGUCUUAGUCCACCCCCUGGGCAAGUUUUGGGAUGUUUUAUUGAAGCGGACCGAUGAUCCCCUCGAGCUGUUUGAGAAUGGAACCCUCGACCACCGGGAAUCUCUAGCUGGCGAGAUUGAUCCCCCCAACCGAUCGUGGGUGUCUCGGGUUCGACUAUGGCUUGCUCAGGGCCGUUGGAAUGAGAAGGAACAUGCCUGCGUCUACAUCAGUAGCAAUGUCUCUUUUGGGUUCGCCUUUGCAACGGACGUCCUAGGCUAUGCCUUUGCUGGCUUAACGAGACGCUUUCUAGUGCGGCCAUCCGCGAUGAUAUGGCCGGGAACUCUCAUGUCCACUGCCAUGUUUUCUACAAUGCACAAGACAACCAACAAGAAAGCCGAUGGAUGGAGUAUCUCUAGAUAUAAGUUUUUCAUACUGGUCUGGGGAGGGGCUUUUCUUUGGUACUUUGUUCCGGGCUUACUGAUGCCUGCACUGAGCUAUUUCAGCGUGAUUACUUGGUUUGCUCCCAAAAACGUGGUGGUCUCCAAUCUCUUUGGUGUGGCCUCGGGUCUUGGGAUGUUCCCUGUGACGUUUGAUUGGGCUCAAAUUGCCUAUAUUGGGUCCCCUCUACUCACGCCCUGGUGGGCUGCAGCGAAUAUUGUCACGGGACUAGUGGUCGUCAUUUGGAUCAUUGCUCCUAUUUUGUAUUUCAAGAAUGUGCUCUUCUCGUCCUUUAUGCCCAUCCUCUCGGCAGCCGUUUUCGAUAAUGAGGGCCAUCCGUACGACGUGAGCCGAAUUUUGACUCCAGAGUUCGUGUUCGAUCAGAAGGCCUACGAGGAUUACUCGCCAGUAUAUCUCCCCAUUACCUAUGUGUUGUCAUAUGGGGUUCAGUUUGCGGCUCUCACCUCAUUGGUUAGUCAUACCGUGUGUUGGUAUGGCAAAGAUAUUUGGCAACAAACUCGCCGCGCAUUCGAAGAACGACGAGAACUUCCAGAUCGUGACACAUAUGAGCCCUUGAGGAGCGAAAGAGGACCUCAGCCGCCUCGUCGCAGCUAUGAUAUCUCCAGAGACUCGCAAGAGGCUCUUCGAGAGAUGCCUCCGGGAACGGAAGAUGUUCAUUGUCGUCUGAUGAGGCGUUAUAAAGAUGCCCCACUCACAUGGUAUCUCAUAGUGCUCAUCACGAUGCUUGUCACUGCCAUAUUUACCGUGGAGCAUUAUCCGGUUCACCUACCUUGGUACGGGCUGCUUUUGGCUCUGGGAAUGACUAGUGUCUUUUUUAUCCCCGUUGGCAUCAUAAUGGCUGUGACCAAUCAACACAGCAGUCUCUACUUAAUCUGUCAACUGCUUUGUGGCAUCGUAUUUCCUGGACGGCCCGUUGCGAACAUGAUUUUCGUGACAUACUCCUACAUCAGUUCCGCUCAAGGCAUCAAAUUUUCCUCGGACCUCAAACUUGGUCAUUAUAUGAAGAUUCCACCUCGCAUUUUGUUCGGCGUACAAAUGCUCGCCACACUGGUGUCUAGCUUAACCCAGAUUGGGGUGCUGAACUGGAUGUUCACCCAUAUCCCAAAGUUGUGUACCCCUCAAGCGCUAAAUGGAUUCAAUUGUCCGAUUGCUCGAGUGCAUUUCAAUGGGAGUAUUCUCUGGGGUGUCGUGGGCCCACAGAGAUUCUUCGGGCCGGAUGGCCUCUACCGGCCCCUGGUGUGGGCAUUUUUGAUCGGUGCCGUGGCACCGUUGGGUGCCUGGGCCCUUGGUCGACGAAGCAAGAAAAGCUUUUGGCGCAAGGUCAACUUUCCCAUCCUGUUCGGUAGUCUCAGCUGGAUCCCCCCUGCCACCGGCUUGAACUUCUCCACCUGGGCAUUGGUAUGUUUCGUGUUUAACUACGUGAUUCGGCGCCGCAAGACGGCUUGGUGGGAGAAGUAUGCAAUGACCCUGUCCGCCGCUUUAGACUCAGGCCUCGCAUUUGCCGUGGUGGUUGUGUUCUUUGCUCUCAUCUAUCCAGGUUGGGUCACUGGAUUUCAAUGGUGGGGGACGGAGAUUUACAAACAAGGCUGCGACUGGAUCGCCUGUCCAUACCGACGUUUGGAGCCAGGACAGAAGUUUGGAAACUGA